AUGCAUGUCACGGCAGCCAGCAGCAGCAGGCCGGCAGCGCCGCCCGGUGGGCCGGCCCCCAGGCGCAGGGCGCCUACAGUGCGCGCUGCAGCCACACCAAGUGCUCCUGAGGCCCAGGAGAAGAAGGGGUUGCGAGUGUCCAUGGUCAGCCUGGGCUGCCCCAAGAACACAGUGGAUGGCGAGGCCAGCCUGCAGGCGGACGCCAUUGUGAUCAACACGUGCGGCUUUGUGGAGGAUGCCAAGGAUGAGUCGAUAGAGGUGCAGCGGCGGCACGCCUGGUGGCGGCAGCAGCAGGCUCGACUCAUAGGGCGCAUUCGCAGGACCAUCAUCGAGGCGGCGCGCAUGAAGGAGGAUGGGCGUGUGAGGCGGGUGGUGGUGACGGGGUGCCUGGCGCAGCGCUACUCUCAGGAGCUGGCGGAGCAGCUGCCAGAGGCAGACCUGGUGGUGGGCUUUGAGAAGUACGGCAGCCUGAGCGCCUCGCUGCGCACCAUCCUGGAUGCACCCCCCGACAUAGACAUGGACGAGUACCGGCAGCGCUCGCGCGUGCAGGUGGGGGAGGCCACGGUGGCCUUCCGCCCCGAGUGGGACCGCCACCGCCUGACGCCCCGCCACACCGCCUACCUGCGUCUGCCGGGCCAAGCCAAGCAAGUUCGGCUUACAUGGGAGUGUUGCGCCAAGGAAUGA